UCGUCUCCUCUGUCUGUUCCUCCCAACCAAGACCAUAGUUUAAUUUCAGCUCUUGAAACAGCAAUAAAACAUACAGCCGCGCACAGCUGAUUUAGUUUUAACGGGAAAAUAGCCAAACAACGUUCAAUGACUUAAGCACAAUACACAUAUACAUAUUUGAAUGGACAAGUGGCAACAAUAAAAUACGUUUUUAUAUCUCCAGUUAAAGUGUUUGUGUUUUCUUUUCAGAAGUCAAUUUGAGCAGUUCUCAGAAGAAUGGAGGAUAUAAGUGCCAGUAGUGUGAGCUUAAAUUUAGUUGCAGCUUCUCUGAACAAAUCGAAACAGUCCAAAAAAGAAGGAACAGUACUCAGACAAAUAUUUGCAGCAUCUUUAGCAUCUUCAUAUCACAUAGUAUUUGGGAUUUCAUUGGCCUACUCCGCCAUUUUGAAUCCAGAACUAGAUAAAAACACCACAGAUAUACAAACAACAAAAGACGAAAGGUCAUGGGUAGCAAGUGUUUUGACGUUAGCGGUACCAGUAGGGGCACCUCUUGGAGGCGUCCUAAUGGAUAAUUUUGGAAGACUGAAUACAGUAAGAAUAGCAAGUAUACCAGCUGUGAUAGGCUGGGUGAUGAUAGCAACAUCUAGUAGCUUGUGGAUGUUGAUUGCCGGGAGGAUAUGUACUGGCUUGGCAUCAGCACUGGGUACUGGUCCUGCCAUUGUCUACAUGACAGAAAUAGCUAGAUCCGAUAUAAGAGGAUCAUUGAUCUCAUUUGCUCCAGCGUAUACGUCUCUUGGUAUGGUAUUGGCUUAUAUUAAAGGCUGGGCGUUUGGCUGGAGGAUGACUGCUUGGAUGUGUGUCGCCUAUUCUAUAGCACCUUUUAUCCUCAUCUCAUUUAUACCAGAAAGCCCUGUAUGGCUUAUCUCGAAAGGCAAAAACGAGAAGGCAAAAAAAUCAUUACAAUGGCUAACAUUGAGUGAUCCAGAUCCCACCGAAGAAGGGGGCAAAACUCUGGCUGAGAGUCAGUUCGAACAACUGAAAGAGGCCAACAACAGAAAAAUAGCUGCCAAUCAGAACAAGAAAGGUAUUACUGGUGUCUUACGAGCCUUCCUCAAACCUACAGGAUACAAACCUCUCCUCAUCCUGAUGGGAAUGUUUAUUUUCCAACAAUUCUCAGGAAUUUAUAUAACGCUCUUCUACUCAGUCGAAUUUUUCCAGGAGGUUGGAACUAACAUCAACCCUUAUCUCUCUUCUAUCCUCAUUGGUAUUGUGAGGGCGGUGAUGUCAGUAGUUAAUACUUACAUGUUGAAAGCAUUCCACAGAAGACCUUUAAUUGUUUGGAGUUCACUAGGAAUGGGGGUGUGUAUGUUGGUGUCAGGUCUUUUCACCCAUUGGAUCAAAACAGGUGUCACAUCGUUGAACUGGAUUCCUGUGAUAGCAGUAAUGUUAUACGUGGUUGCAUCGAUGAUUGGCUUAUUGAGUAUUCCUUGGACCAUGACUGCUGAGCUAUUUCCAAUCGAAAUCAGAGGCGUCGCUCACAGUUGGGUUUACUCCGCUGCAUACCUAUUUAUGUUUUUCUCCGUUCAAAACUACCACAAACUAAAACAGGCGUGCCAUGGUAUAGCCGGUCUUCAAUGGUUUUUCGCUGCAGUCUCCAUAGCUGGUCUGUUCUAUUCCCUUUUAUUCUUGCCCGAAACACACGGCUUCGAACUUAACGAGAUCGAGGAGUACUUCAAAGAGAACACCAUAUACUUGUGCCAAAAAAAGAAGACUACAGAUUCCAGAAAGAAUGCUCACCCUCAUCGAAGACCAUCGGGCGAGAUUGUCAGAAGGAAUACACUCAAGACUGUUACAGAAGACUAUAUCGAUCAGAACGAAAAACUUCUGGUUAAAAGCUAACAUUACGCCUACUCACAUAACAAUGAUUUGUUCAAGUGUUACCAAGUAUCUGAAGAUUAAUUAAUUUUACCGAUGAACUACCAUAUCCAUUUGUUAUUAUCGCUCUCUGGUGCUCGACUGAACUGAAUUUCACGAAGAAUACACAUGAGAUAAGCUUAGAAGUACUUAAAAUUAUGUAGAAUUUGUCUCUGUCCGUAUUUUUUACUUACCUGUAGAAAGUGAUAAUAAUAAAUCUAUUUUUUAAGUAAA